UGCAUGAGCUGCUUGACUGGGAUAUCUCUAGGCACCAUCUGCUUGCACCUCUUAUAAUGACUUGCGAGAAGGUUUGAUGGGGAGAAAAGUAAUGAUGCAGAUGGCAACCGGCAAUCAGUUCUUGGGGAGCGGCAUCUUUUUGUUGUAUCAUAUCAUCAGCCCAAGUUUUGCAUCACCAACUCAGCAUGUUUUAAAAAGAAGUGAAGUGGCACCCAGCAAACCUAAAAUGAAACUAGAAGAUAUAUCAGAAGCUCUGUUAAAUUUCUUCAACCCAGUGACUUGUCGCCCUAAAGAAGAUCAAGCAUUAGUUGCAUGCCCUGCAGGAGAGAAUAUUAACAAGACGACAUGCCUGGAAAAUAAAUGCUGUCGUUCCUCCAAAGGGAGGAGUGCCCUGAGUUGCUACAUCCCACUCCAAGAUGUUCUUGUACCAACCCUCUACGAAGACCAAACAAAGAAGUGGAGGAAAUUGCGAAGAAGCAGAGAGAGAGGCGUAAAAACAUUGGUAGUUUUUUACUGAAUUUGCUUAAAGAAGAUGCGGAGGAUCACAAGAACAAGAAAAAAGGAAAACUACCUGCUGAUCUUUAACAGCAUGGACAAGAC